AUGUAUAAAGACAUCGACAUUACAGAGAUAAAUAAAGGCUUGGACCUAUUUGAAGGUGACAUCAAGAUGACCAGGAGGAGGAGGUCCAUUCGCAGUGAACAGCACCGCUGGCCCCUACCCGUCCCCUAUUAUUUGGACCGGAGCCUGGAUAUGAAUGCAAAAGGAGUCAUCUUGAGAGCUUUUGAACAGUUCAGACUGAAGACAUGCAUUGACUUCAGGCCCCGCCGUUGGGGAGAGCAACAUGUUGCAAUCAAGAAGGACACAGGAUGUUGGUCCCACGUUGGAAAAGAAGAGUGGAAGCAGGAUCUGGCCAUUGGCCCUAACUGUGGCACUGUGGCUAAUGUGGAGCAUGAGCUCAUGCAUGCUUUGGGCUUCUGGCAUGAGCAGUCCAGAUAUGACCGGGAUAAUUAUAUCACAAUCAACUUGGAGAACAUUGAAGCAGGGAAGGAGCAUAAUUUCAAAAUCAGAACGACCGAUACCAACACCCCAUACGACUACUUCUCUGUCAUGCACUACUCCAAAAAUGCCUUCACAAAUGGAAAUGGACCAACCAUCAUUACAAAACUGCCUGAGUUCCAGAAUGUGAUUGGACAGCGACUGGAUAUGAGCCACUAUGAUGUAGAAGAGCUCAACAAGUUCUAUGGAUGCAAUAAAUCCAUCUCCUUCCUGGACCACUGCAGCUUUGACGAUGAGAGCCUGUGUGAGAUGAGUGUCUGCUCCAGAAGAUCACGAGGGUGGAGGAAAGUGAGCCACACUGCUGCAGGUCCCCACUCAGACCACACCUACCUGGGCACUGGCUCUCAAGGCACAGGCUUCUUCAUGCACUUCAGCACCAAGAGAGGCAGCGUGGGAGACUCCGCCAGAUUGCAGACCAGGAGGAUGACCCCCAGAAGAAGCUGCAAGAUCCAGUGCCUUGAGUUCUUCUACUACCACAGUGGGAGUUGGUCCGACCAGCUCAACAUCUGGAUAAGAGAGUUUGACGGUGUGGAUGACAUCAUAGGAACUCGCAGACUCACGAGUCAGAUAAAAGGUUCCCCAACUGAUUACUGGCAGCUCCACCAUGUUCCUCUGGACGCCACUAAGACCUUCCAGGUGGAGUUUGAGGCCCGCAAAGGAGCAGGGGCCUCCAGGGGUGGCUUCUCUGUGGACGACAUCAACCUGUCAGAGACCGAGUGCCCCCAUCACACAUGGCAGAUCAGGAACCUUGAGGAAAAGUUAAAGGCCAGCAACACCACACCUAUUCUCUACAGCCCGAUGUACUACUCUUAUGAUGGCUAUAGAUACCAGAUAAGGGUCAUAUUGGAGAAAGACAAAUUAGAAGUCUUUGUCUCCCUUGUUUCUGGGAGAAAUGAUGACGCUUUGCAGUGGCCGUGUCACUGGAGACAGGUGACCUUCACGCUGCUGGACCAGAAUCCUCACAUCCAGAGGCGCAUGUCCAAACAAAGAAGUGUGACCUCAACUUCAUUAUGGCUCAAUAGCGACAUUUCUCCUCUGCGUCACCAGAGCGACCUCCCUUGUCCCAGCAUGAAAGGGAAGACCUUCUCUGUGUCUCCUCUGCAGCAAACUGAUGAUGAUGGACCCUGUACCAGGAAGAGGAGAUCCAUCUCUACCGCUCGCAGGAUUUGGUCACGGCCUGUGACACGUCUGCGCUGA